UUGAUUUAAAGAUUUAUUUUAUCAACGUAUCGGCCACACUGGCUCCUUAUUAACUGCCAGUCAUUCUUGUACUGACGAGUGUCAAUUCCGUGCAAGAGGUGGAACGGUUGAUCUAGUAAACAUUUAAUGUAAUCAAAUAAUUAAUAAAAAUAAUGGGAGCGGUACGUGUAAUUAAUGACGAUCGCCAUUUCAAUGGCGAAUUAGCAAACGCCGGUCAAAAACUCGUCGUUGUAGACUUCACAGCGAGUUGGUGCGGACCAUGUCAGAGAAUUGCUCCAAUAUUCGAACAAUUGUCGCUCAAAUAUUCUAAGGCGAUAUUCCUGAAAGUAGACGUGGACAAAUGUGCAGACACUGCUUCGAUGCAAGAGGUUAGCGCAAUGCCAACCUUCGUCUUCUACCGUAGAUGUACGAGGCUCGGCCAUUGCCAAGGUGCAGAUCCAGUGGGAUUGGAAUCUAAGAUCCAGCAGUUCUAUGGCAGCGGGGAUACCGAUGACGUGGAUGACUCGACCGCGGAUUCCCUGCCUGGCCAUAUUGACUUGUCUACUUUUAUAAUGAAGCAGCAGUGUGAGUGCUUAAACGAGUCGGACUAUCACACUUUCUCUCAAUGUUUGAACUCUGAUAAUGGAUAUCUUCAGAGUGAUGAAGAUGAGCAGCUGAUAAUGUCCAUUGCAUUCUCGCAGCCUGUUAAAGUUCAUUCGCUCAAAAUCAGGGCACCCACGGAAAAUGGGCCGAAAAAUAUUAAAUUAUUUAUCAAUCAGCCCAGAACGAUUGAUUUUGAGAUGGCGAAUUCCAAUAUGAGUAUUCAAAAUUUAACGUAAGUCUUUAAUAAUGCAUCUGCAAGAUAUUUCUUCAUCUUUUAUUCCUUCUUUUUUCCUUCAUUUUCUCUCUUUUC